GAAAACAUGUUGCAUCAGGAAAAUUCUCGCUUGUCUUUCAGGACCUGGUUGGCUGUGACAAUCGGUGUGCUUCUGGGUUUGAAGCCCUUGGCUUGCAGAGGUUUAUCUGGCUCCCGUCCGAACAUCCUUCUUCUGAUGGCGGACGAUCUCGGCAUUGGAGACGUGGGUUGCUACGGCAACAACACCAUAAGGACUCCAAACAUUGACCGCCUUGCAGAGGACGGCGUGAUGCUCACGCAGCAUAUUGCUGCUGCAUCCGUCUGCACCCCAAGCAGAGCUGCUUUCCUAACUGGCAGAUACCCUCUCCGAUCAGGCAUGGUUUCCAGUAACGGCUAUCGUGUUCUUCAGUGGACCGCAGUAUCUGGAGGCCUUCCCACCAACGAGACAACUUUUGCAAAAAUAUUAAAAGAUAAAGGCUAUGCCACUGGACUAAUAGGAAAGUGGCACCUGGGUCUCAACUGCGGAUCCUCCACCGAUCACUGCCACCACCCACUCAACCACGGAUUCGACCACUUCUACGGAAUGCCGUUCUCCAUGAUGGGAGACUGUGUCCACUGGGAACUAUCAGAGAAGCGUGCGGGCCUGGAGCGCAAACUCAACUUCUGCUCCCAAAUCCUGUCCAUCGCUGCCCUCACGCUCACCGCUGGGAAGCUCACCCGGCUGAUAACCGGCUCGUGGAGGCCGGUCAUCUGGUCAACGAUCACCGCCAUCUUGCUCCUCACCACCUCAUAUUUCACGGGUGCUCUGAUUGUGCACGCAGACUGCUUUCUGAUGAGAAACGACACGAUCACCGAGCAGCCCAUGCGCUUUCAACGCACGACAUCUCUUAUCCUGAAGGAGGUCUCGUCCUUUGUCAAAAGAAACAAGCAAGGACCAUUCCUCCUUUUUGUCUCCUUCCUGCAAGUCCACACCCCUCUUAUCACGACUGAGAAGUUCCUCGGGAAGAGCGUCCAUGGGCUGUAUGGGGACAACGCAGAGGAGAUGGACUGGAUGGUGGGGCAGAUCCUUGAUACUUUGGACGUGGAAGGUUUGACCAACACCACCCUCGUUUAUUUUGCGUCAGAUCAUGGAGGAUCCUUGGAGUCUCAACUCGGAAGCAACCAGUAUGGUGGCUGGAAUGGGAUAUAUAAAGGUGGCAAAGGCAUGGGUGGCUGGGAAGGUGGGAUCCGCGUCCCGGGGAUAUUCCGGUGGCCCGGGGUGCUGCCGGCCGGCCGAGUGAUCCAUGAGCCCACCAGUCUGAUGGAUAUUUUCCCCACCGUGGUCCAGCUGGGAGGCGGCCAGAUACCCCAGGACAGGGUGAUUGAUGGCCGGGACCUGCUGCCCUUGCUGCUGGGGACAGUGCAGCACUCCGACCACGAGUUCCUGCUGCAUUACUGCGAGAAGUUUCUGCACGCAGCCCGGUGGCACCAACGCGACAGAGGAGCAGUAUGGAAAGUCCACUACGUGACCCCAGUGUUCCACCCAGAAGGAGCCGGUGCCUGCUACGGAAGAGGGGUCUGCCCGUGCUCCGGGGACAGAGUAUCCCGGCAUAAUCCACCCUUGCUCUUCGACCUCUCGAGAGACCCUUUCGAGGCCCAGGCCCUCACGCCGGACACGGAGCCCUCGUUCUACCACGUGAUGGAGAGAGUGGCACGGGCCGUGGAGGAGCAUCGCCGGACGCUCAGCCCAGUUCCGCUGCAGCUGGACACGCUAGACAACAUCUGGAGGCCGUGGCUGCAGCCUUGCUGCGGCCCCUUCCCCUUCUGCUGGUGCAAUCGGGAGGGCGACCCACAGUGAACGUCUGCCAGGCACAGCAGGGUCCCUAUGCCUGGAGCUCU